CUUCUCACUCUCAUUUCUCGACCUCCGCCGAUCAAACCAAACCCAGAAAAACCCUGCCAACCCUAGCUCUCUUAAUAUCUCAUAUCAAUGGCUGAGGCCCACUACCGCUGGCAGCAACCACAACACCAAGGGUACCAAACCAACAUCCAGUUCGACAAUCCAAAACACCAAGGUUACCAAACUCAGUACCAGUAUGACCAACAACAACAACAAAACGGCUCCUCGGCUUCGAAUAUUCUGGCAAUUGCCACCCUCGUUCCAGUAGGGGGCACUCUACUCUUCCUUUCAGGGCUCACUCUUGCCGGUACCAUCAUUGGUCUGGCGAUGACUACUCCGCUUUUUGUUAUAUUCAGCCCGGUUUUGGUCCCAGCCGCUCUAGUCAUAUUCCUGUCUGUGACGGGGAUAUUGACUUCGGGGGUUUUUGGUGUCACGGCCCUCUCGUCUUUCUCUUGGCUGGUCCGUUACUUGAGCCGAUCUCGGCUGCCCCAGACCAUGGGCCAGAAAGUGCAGGAGACCACGGGGUAUUUGGGCCAGAAGAUGCAGGAGACGGCAGGAUAUUUGGGACAGAAGGUGCAGGAGACCGGAGACUUUGUGGGCCACAAGAUGCAGGAGACUGGAGGUCAAGUGGGCCAGAUGACCAAAGAAGCGGGCCAGACUAUCCAGGACAGGACCCAGGAAGGUGGUAGGGAUCAAAUAACCAAAGAAGGUGGCCGGGGCAAAGAAAGCGGCCGGGGCCGUGAAGGCGUUAAUGUUACAGUCAAGAGUUGAAGUUGAAGAGUGGAUCAUAGUUAUAUAUUAUGUAUAUGGGCGUCAAUGGCUAGUGGCACUUUCUAUGUUGUUUGUGUGUUUAGCUUUCUGUUUUCUACUUUCUGUACUACUGUAUGUAUGUAGCGUUUGACAGUUGUAGUUCCGUGGAUCUGCGAUGUAAUAAAUGGCUGUGCUAUUUUUCA